AUGAGUGCUCCAGCAUAUUACGAGCUCUACAGAAGAAGCACGAUCGGCAGUGCCUUGGCAGAUGCGUUGGACACGCUUAUCAGCGACGAAAAGAUCCAGCCGCAAUUGGCCAUGAGAAUCUUGAACAAUUUCGAUCGCAUCAUUUCGGAAAACUUGAAGACGGAACGAGGCUUGUGCAAGUCCAAGUUGACUUUCAAGGGUGAUCUUCACACGUAUCGUUUCUGCGACGACGUGUGGACGUUUAUCAUCAAGAAUGUCUUGAUCAAGAUGACUGAUGUUUCCAAUAACGACACCAAUGACAGCGACAUUUCUGUGGACAAGUUCAAGAUUGUUGCUUGUAACUCCCGCAAGGCUGGAGAGACGUGA